CAUCUAGACCUCAACAAAAUGAGUUUUUUUUAGCGCGUUUUGUUGCUCGUUUUGCUGGUGCAAAGUUGCAUUUUAAUAGUUUCCAAGUUACUACGCGUGCUUUUUGAUUUGUUUUGGAAGCUAAUUGUGUGUUUGCGAAUUGGGAGAAAAUGUCGCAUCACUAUGUGGUAACCGCACAAAAGCCCACAGCGGUUGUCGCCUGUCUCACCGGCAAUUUCACAUCGCCGACAGACUUGAAUUUGAUUAUUGCACGCAAUAAUCAGGUGGAAAUUGAUUUGGUAACACCAGAGGGUUUGCGCCCGCUAAAAGAGAUCAACAUCAAUGGCAAAAUCACGGUUAUGCGUCAUUUUCGUCCGCCAGACAGCAACAAGGAUUUGCUUUUCAUAUUGACGCGACGCUUUAAUGUCAUGAUACUUGAGGCUCGCAUGGUGGGCGAUGCUGUAACCGUCGUCACAAAAGCCAACGGCAAUGUCUCCGACUCGGUGGGCAUACUUUCUGAGGGUGGCUUCAUUGCAGCAAUUGAUCCAAAGGCGCGCGUUAUCGGCAUGUGCCUCUAUCAGGGGCUAUUCACCAUUAUACCCUUGGACAAGGAUGCCAGCGAGCUUAAGGCGACAAAUUUGCGCAUGGAUGAGCUUACCGUCUAUGAUGUGGAGUUUCUGCACGGCUGCCAAAACCCAACAGUCAUAGUCAUACACAAGGAUAAUGAUGGGCGCCACGUGAAAUCACACGAAAUUAAUUUGCGUGAUAAGGAAUUUAUAAAGGUCGCCUGGAAGCAGGAUAAUGUAGAAACAGAGGCAACUAUGUUGAUACCAGUACCCUCAUCCAUUGGUGGCGUUAUUGUAAUUGGCCGCGAGUCCAUUGUCUAUCACGAUGGCAGCAAUUAUCAUGCUGUGGCGCCGCUCACCUUCCGCCAAAGUACCAUCAAUUGCUAUGCACGUGUGGACAGCAAGGGAUUGCGUUAUCUGCUGGGCAACAUGGAUGGACAGCUUUAUAUGCUCUUCCUGGGCACCACCGAGACCAGCAAGGGUACCACCGUUAAGGACAUCAAAGUUGAGCAAUUGGGCGAGAUUUCUAUACCGGAAUGCAUUACCUACUUGGACAAUGGAUUUUUGUACAUUGGCAGUCGCCAUGGCGAUUCGCAACUGGUGAGACUUAGUUCGGAGGCUAUUGAUGGCUCUUAUGUCAUACCAGUGGAGAACUUUACCAAUUUGGCGCCAAUUUUGGACAUUGCCGUUGUGGACUUGGAUCGUCAAGGACAGGGCCAGAUUAUUACUUGCUCUGGCAGCUUCAAGGACGGCUCGCUACGCAUUAUUCGCAUUGGCAUUGGUAUACAGGAGCAUGCUUGCAUCGAUUUGCCUGGCAUUAAGGGCAUGUGGUCCCUGAAGGUGGGCAUCGAUGACAGCGCCUAUGAGAACACGCUCGUCUUGGCCUUCGUUGGGCAUACACGCAUUCUGACCUUAUCUGGCGAGGAGGUGGAGGAAACAGAGAUACCUGGUUUCGCGAGCGAUUUGCAAACAUUUCUCUGCGCCAACGUGGAUUACGAUCAGCUGAUUCAAGUGACUGCGGAGAGCGUACGUUUGGUCAAGAGCGCCACCAAAACGCUGGUUGGUGAAUGGAAGCCCGAGGGCGAUCGUUCCAUUGGUGUCGUCUCCUGCAAUAGUACACAGAUUGUAGCAGCCUCGGCGCGUGAAAUAUUCUACAUUUCUAUUGAGGAUGGCAGCCUAGUGGAGAAAUGCCGAAAAACCUUGCCAUAUGAGGUGGCCUGCCUGGACGUUACACCACUGGACGAGAAGCAGACCAAGUCCGAAUUGGUAGCCGUGGGCUUGUGGACAGAUAUAUCGGCGGUUAUUUUGCGGCUGCCCGAUUUGGAGACGAUUUACACUGAAAAGCUUAGCGGUGAGAUCAUACCACGCUCUAUACUGAUGACCACCUUUGAGGAUAUCAACUAUCUGCUGUGCGCUCUUGGCGACGGGUCCAUGUACUAUUUCAUUCUGGACAGGACCACCGGUCAGCUGACGGAUAAGAAGAAAGUGACCCUUGGCACACAGCCAACCACAUUGCGCACAUUCCGCUCGUUUUCCACCACGAAUGUGUUUGCCUGUUCGGAUCGUCCGACUGUUAUAUAUUCAUCCAAUCAUAAGCUGGUAUUCUCAAAUGUUAAUCUGAAGGAGGUGAAUCAUAUGUGCUCUCUUAAUGCUCAAGCAUAUCCGGACAGCUUGGCGCUGGCCACCAAAAACUCGGUUAUAUUGGGCACCAUUGAUGAGAUCCAGAAGCUGCACAUUCGCACUGUGCCACUGGGUGAGGGACCGCGUCGUAUUGCCUAUCAGGAGGCUUCACAGACCUUUGCCGUGUCCACUCUGCGCAUCGAUGUGCACGGACGUGGCGGUGCAAAGCCGUUGCGCAACAGCGCCUCCACACAGGCUCAAAAUAGUAGCUGCAGCUCCAAUAUAUUGCCCAAGCCGGGUGGCGGUAAUUCGACGGCGGCCAAUGCAGAAGUUGGCCAAGAGAUUGAUGUACACAAUUUGCUGGUUAUUGAUCAGAAUACAUUUGAGGUAUUGCAUUCACAUCAAUUUGUACCGCCGGAGACGAUUUCGUCAUUGAUGUCCGCCAAACUGGGCGAUGAUCCCAAUACCUAUUAUGUGGUGGCCACGUCGCUAGUCUUUCCCGACGAACCGGAGCCCAAAGUGGGACGUAUCAUCAUUUUCCAUUAUAACGAAAAUAAGCUAACCCAAGUGGCCGAAACGAAAGUCGAUGGCACAUGCUAUGCUUUGGUGGAGUUCAAUGGCAAGGUUCUGGCCGGCAUUGGCAGCUUUGUGCGCCUGUACGAGUGGACUAACGAGAAGGAGCUGCGCAUGGAGUGCAACAUUCAGAACAUGAUUGCGGCAUUGUUUUUAAAGGCCAAGGGUGACUUUAUUCUAGUUGGCGAUCUUAUGCGCUCCAUAACGCUGCUGCAGCACAAGCAAAUGGAGGGCAUCUUUGUGGAGAUAGCACGCGACUGCGAGCCAAAGUGGAUGCGCGCCGUGGAGAUUCUGGACGAUGACACCUUCCUUGGCUGCGAAACACACGACAAUUUGUUUGUGUGCCAGAAGGACAGUGCUGCCACAACGGAUGAGGAGCGUCAGUUGCUGCCGGAGUUGGCGCGUUUUCAUCUGGGCGAUACAAUUAACGUAUUUCGGCAUGGCUCUCUGGUUAUGCAAAAUGUGGGCGAGCGCACCACGCCCAUUAACGGCUGUGUACUCUACGGCACCUGCAAUGGUGCGAUUGGCAUUGUCACCCAAAUACCACAGGACUUUUACGAUUUUCUGCAUGGCCUCGAGGAGCGCCUGAAGAAGAUCAUUAAGUCGGUGGGCAAAAUUGAUCACACCUAUUAUCGUAAUUACCAAAUCAAUACCAAGGUAGAGCCCAGUGAGGGCUUCAUUGAUGGCGAUUUAAUUGAAAGUUUCUUGGACUUGAAUCGAGACAAGAUGCGCGAGGCCGUCAGUGGUCUGGAGCUAACGCUGAACGGGGAACGCAAGAGUGCGGAUGUGGAGGACGUCAUUAAGAUUGUGGAGGAUUUGACACGCAUGCAUUGAAUCAUUGAUUGAGCUGUAUAUAGUUCAUAAUUAUUGAUUGAUAAAUCUACAAUUUGUUUUUGUAUGCUUUUAAGCGUGAUUUCGAUACCAUGUAUCCUAUCCAAUACAGCUCAUUAUUCUCUAAAUGUUCUCCAAAACCUGUCUACUAACAGUUGACACUGUUUAUUCAGCGUUGCGUUUGAUUCUGUUCCUCGCCCAGCUUUGACUUUCAAUUAUAUAGCAAAAAAAAAAAAGAAGAAAAACUACAACUAUCGUUUGACGCACUUUCAAAGUUGCGUCACGCAAUAUUUGAAUAAAGUGCUUAAAUUUAAAUCUAAUACAAGUGUUUGUAAAGAAUUAUUUCAAUACAUAAUAUUAUACGAAUUAAUUUUUA